AUGCGGAACUUCAUUUGGGCCCUACUGGGCUUGGCCGUCCUGCCCCAGGCUCUCGCAGGCGAUACCCUGUCCACCAAUGGCUUCAACCUGUGCAUGACCGACUCCACCAUUAAAGUCCAGAAUCUGGACGUCUCCUACUCUCGCUCCACGAAAAUCGUUACCUUCGACGUGGCUGGUACCAGCGCCAAAGAACAAAACGUGACCGCGAGCUUGUCUGUCACUGCCUACGGCAACAAUAUCUACACCAAGGACUUCGACCCAUGCGGUACGGAAAUCCAUGUGGCCGAGCUCUGUCCUGUCCCUAAGCGGGCGUUCAAGGCUCGGGGAACGUAUGAGGUCCCGUCCCAAUAUGCAAGCCAGAUUCCGGGUAUCGCAUUCCAAAUGCCUGACUUGGACGGCCAGGCCAAGCUGGUCCUCAAAUCGAAGGACAAUUCAAAUGUGGCCUGUGUCCAGUCGGAGUUGUCCAACGGUCACUCCGCAAACGUGAAGGCCGUCACCUAUAUCUCGGCUGGUAUUGCAGCUGGUGCUCUGGCGCUGACUGGUAUCUCUGCCAUUGGCUCUGCUGGGGCUGCUGGAUCUCCGUCGGCUAGCCCUGGGUUCGGUGAUGUGAUGGGCUGGUUCCAUUCCAUGGCCACCAACGGCAUGCUCAGUGUCAGCUACCCGACUGUGUACAGCAGCUUUUCUCGGAACUUUGUCUGGAGUACUGGUUUGAUCCCUUGGUCAGGUAUGCAGAACUCCAUUGACAACUUCCGGAAGGCGACCGGUGGCAAUUUGACUGAGGAAAGCUAUGCUUUCCUGAAGAACGCGACUUUGACAAACAGUGGAUCAUCUAGCAACACCACGAAACGAAGCUUGGAAUAUGCCAUUCAUUUCGGUGAAUUUGUAGCUCGUUCCAUCGACACUUCGUCCGAUGCGAGUGUGUCGAACAGCUCUUCUAGCGACGACGGUGCGUCUAGCUCGACGAUCGACCAUAUGAAGGAAGUCGUUGAAGAACUCAUGAUCCCCUCUGCCAAUAUCUUCAUGACCGUUCUUCUCAUCUUCGCCAUUGUUGUUGCUGUGGUCAUCGUCGGCAUCCUCCUUCUCAAGGUCAUCCUCGAACUGUGGGCGCUGUAUGGCACCUUCCCCAACAAACUUGCCGACUUCCGCAAGGACUAUUGGGGCUUGAUGGCGCGAACAAUUACCAACAUGAUUCUCGUGCUCUACAGCAUCUGGGUGCUAUACUGUGUCUACCAACUGCGGAACGGUGAUUCGUGGGCAGCAAAACUGCUAGCAGCUAUCACAUUGGCUGUCUUCACGUCUGUCCUCCUCUUCUUCGCUAUUCGCAUUGUCUACAUGGCUCGCAAGUACAAGCAGACUGAGGGUGACACCGAUAGCUUGUACGAAAAUAAGGAGACCUGGAAGAAAUACAGUCUGUUCUACGACAACUACAAGAAGGACUUCUGGUGGAUUUUCAUCCCGGUCAUCAUCUACGCCUUGGCCAAGGGCUGUAUCAUCGCCGGUGCACAGGGCCACGGCCUGGCCCAAAGUGCAGGUCAACUGGUCUGCGAAGCCCUUCUUUUGAUCCUCCUAGUCUGGAACCGCCCAUACGCUACCAAGUCUUCCAUGGGAAUCAACAUCGCCGUGCAGGUUGUCCGUGUCCUGUCCAUUUGUUGUGUCCUUGUCUUCGUUGAGGAACUUGGUCUCUCCCAAACCACCAAGACCGUCACCGGUAUCGUCCUCAUCGUCGUGCAGUCCACCCUUACUGCCGUUCUCGCCAUUCUCAUCGCCGUCAACGCUAUCAUUACCUGCUGCCGCGAGAACCCCCACGCCAGACGCAGAAGAGAAGCUGAAAAAGCGAAUCGCGAUCUCGACGACCUCACUCCCUUGGAUGCUCGCGAAUCCCUCCUCAUGGAGCACCCCAAGCGCAAGGACUAUGCUGAGAUGAGCAACUUCAACUUCAAUGCUCCAUACGCACCCUACCGGGACGUACCCCGCCGAACAAGGUCAAACAGCAGCCACGAUGGCCUGGUCAGCAACGACUUCGGAGUGUCACACGCUCGCAGCUCAAGCCGCGACAGCAGGCAUUCGCGCAGCUCUAUCGAAGGCCGCCAUCCCACACAGCCUGGCUACGGUAUGGCAUAUUAA